AUGCCUGGAAGACCUACAACAAAUAGGAAUACAGAUGUGAUAGAGAAAAUGGGGAAGCAUAAGGUAUCAAAGAAAGGUAAACCCAUUGUGUGCAGUACUUGUCAUAUGCCUGGCCACAACAAGGAAUCUAUAGUUGAAGGGUCAAUGAAUGGUGGUGCAGUACGUGUGCAAGGAUCAGUUAACAGUGUUGUAGGUGGUGUACAUGGAGGUGAAGGUGGUGUGCAUGGUAGUGAAGGUGGUGGAGUUCAUGGUGUUCGAAAGAAAAAGGUGAAAGCAAGAGGAGUGGAUGUUGCAAUUAGAACAAGAAAGCCUUCUGAGAGAAUUUUGAAAACCAAACUUGCAAAAGCAGUUUAUGGGAAAAAUAGUGAAGGCAGCUCUACAACAAAUGCAGUCGAUAUAGAUUAG